AUAAACUGGAUUAAUCUGAAUCAUGUGUUUCCAGCACUAAGUUUAAUGUAUGUCAUCAUCACCAUCAUCAUGUGUACACACAGCAGUCUUGAAGUGAUCCGCCCCUGGAGAAGAAACAGACACCAUCAACCUCACUGUUUUAUGAGGGAGGCUGAGACAGAGGAGAGGAGACAGUCUCCUCCGAGUCCUUUGAAGCAGGAGGGUUACUUAUUUCUUAUUGAUCUCAUCACACCUCGUUUUAUUUAUCGAACUUCAAGCAGCGCGUUAAACUCGAUGGAGUAGUUUAGUUAACUUGAAGCUACUGAAGCAGUUUUACACUUGUCUCUCAGCGGGAAGUGAAACGAUUAGUUCCGUAGCGUUUUAUCAUCCUAUACAGAGCGUCUGGGUCCUACAAGUUUGUAAGAAAUUAGCUGUAUACCUUUUGAACACCGGGAAACGAAGCGACGUAACGUCCAGUACUGUGCGUUGCUGGCAUCAUCUCAGCAAUUCUGUGAAGUUCAUGGGAAAAAAAUGCUGAAGUGAAGGAGCUGAGACUGGGACGCGACUGCAGAGGAACUUUGUACAAGGAGAGGAUGGAGGUGACUGGGUCCUGUGUGUGGAGUCAGGACUGUUGAUCUGAAGCUGAAUAAACCUUUUUCUCCAGCUGUUUGAGCUGAGCAGGUGUGAAGGAGUUUCUGUUUGAGGAAUCUGGUGGAUGUUUCUGGAGCUGCUGCAGGUGAGGAGGCUGAGCUCAGCAGUUGCCAGACUGCAGCUAUGAACGUUGAGGCGAGGUUUGCUCCCUCCUUAUCAGUGACCUCGUUGUUUGUCUCACCAUGCUGGACGACCCUGUCGCCUCUGUCCCUUACAUCGUCCUGGAGCUGCUGAUUGCUGCAUUCUCUGUGCUGGGAAAUGUGCUGGUCUGCUGGGCCGUGUACCUCAACAGUAACCUGCAGAGCAUCACCAACUUCUUCGUGGUGUCGCUGGCGGUGGCCGACAUCGCUGUGGGCGUCCUGGCCAUUCCCUUUGCCAUCGUCAUCAGCACCAGCUUCUGCUCCAACUUCUAUGGCUGCCUCUUCAUGGCUUGCUUUGUGCUGAUUCUCACACAGAGCUCCAUCUUUAGCCUGCUGGCCAUUGCUAUAGACCGCUACAUCGCAAUCACGAUACCCCUCAGGUACAACAGUUUGGUGACAGGCCAGCGGGCUCGAGGCAUCAUUGCCAUCUGUUGGGUUUUAUCCAUCAUCAUCGGUCUGACUCCCAUGAUGGGAUGGCACAAACCCUCUCAGAGCAGCAACAGUACAUCAUGCUCGUCCGGCCUGAUGAACUGCGAGUUUGAAAAGGUGGUGGAUAUGACGUAUAUGAUUUACUUCAACUUUUUUGCCUGUGUACUGAUCCCCCUGCUGCUGAUGCUGGCCAUCUAUCUGUGUAUCUUCAUGGCAGCUCGCCACCAGCUCAAGCUGAUCGAAAUGAAAGCAAUUCAUGGAGAGAAGUCUCGCUCCACGCUGCAGAAGGAGGUCCAGGCUGCAAAGUCCUUGGCCAUCAUUGUGGGGCUGUUUGCAGUCUGCUGGCUGCCUCUGCACAUCAUUAACUGCUUCACCCACUUCUGUCCUCACUGUGCACGUGCUCCACUCUGGGUAAUAAAUGUGGCCAUUAUCCUCUCUCAUGCCAACUCUGUGGUCAACCCCUUCAUCUACGCCUACCGCAUCCGGGAAUUCCGGCAAACCUUCCGUAAGAUUAUCCAGCGCCACAUCUUGGGCCGGCAGGAGGUGUUUGAGAGCAGCAGUAGUAAUCGUAACUCCACUUACAACAGCAUCACAGACUCCAUCAGACUGAAGGCAAAUGGCCUCAGCUUUGACCUUUUCACAGAGCACAGCAGCAGCAGUAGCUGUGAAAGCUCCUACCGCUGCCCUGCUCACGCCUCUCCUGUAAGGGGCGGCCUGGUGGCGGUGUCCCACCCUCCUCUGUCAGUCAUUAUUUCCCACUGUCCUAAGAUGGAGUUGUGUCCAUUGCAAGCCCUCAGACAGACGCAAGUUCCGCUGGACCAUCAUCUGCAGUAUGCGGUGCAACAGCAUGACUGCGCUGGAGCAGAAGUUUUGGAAGAGAGAGGCAAUCAGAACCUCGGCUCAGCCCACAUCACAUCACUGUUCAGUAAACCCAACAGGAGGAGUUGCUGUAGUGAGCUGACACAGGUGUCUUGAGUCAUGCACAGGAGAAAUCAUGUACUAAUUCAGGAACUUUGCAGUAAAAUAUCAGCGUGAGCUCAGGAUCUGAAUAAAUACAGAUAACUUAAAACUUCUUGCCACAAAAAAACUAUCUCCACUAUUUAAGUACAUUAAUUUAAGGCAGAGUAUAAAAGCACUGCUGGUGGCCCAGAGAGGACAAGCUGCUUCUCAACCCUCAUGAUAAAAAGUGUUUAACAGACUGACAGACUGACACUCUUGUCUAUAAGGUGUAGGCACUUCACACAUCAAAACAGGCUGCCUCAACAAACAACAUCACUGAAUGCCUUUGCUUUGCAAAUAGAGUUUAAUACAAUUACACUUUGGCCAAUAAAACCACAUUGCCUACCAAAGAGACAAGACAGAGAGCCAAUGGAGAGAGGCGAUGGUAUGGACAUCUUACUCUGUUUAAACAGGAAGAAACAGAAUGAAGUAUUAUUAGUUGCCUUGUCAGGAUCUUUAAACACAGUGUGAAUAAAUUUCUUUCUUUUUUUACCCCAGUUGUAUUGCUCCCUGUGGGUCCAUGUUGUUUGUGAUCAGACUAGAAAAGGACAGUACAAAGUGGUUCCUGGUUGUGUUAGUAGCAAUGCAAUACUUCACAUUUUUUUAAAGGCUGGAUAUUUGACAAUGCAAUGCUGAAAUGUAACCUUGUAUUUUGUUUGCUCAGUGGAACAAUGAGGCUUUUAAUUUGUGCUUAGUUAAGUUAAAUGAAUGCAAAUGUCGACAGUUUGAUAAAUGAUGGGAAAUAAUUUAAAACAGAUUUUGAAUAAUUACAUUUUAAACUUAUCACUUUUUUAUUUUUCCUGAUGACUUUGUCCUGAGUCCAGCACAGCUUUUGCCUUCUAUGCACUCAAAAGCAGACUAGCACAAAGGCCUGUCUUUAAAUAAAACCUUUACAUUUUCAAAGUGUACUUAGUGUAUUUACAUUCUACGAUGACCACAAAAUGAUCCCAGUCCUCAUUCAGUAGCUCGAAGAACAGCUUCCAUUGGCUUCUCACCAGACAGAGUCAUGUUUCAUAUCAGAUCUGGAAGUCCACACAACUUAGUCAGGGAUCUGGCCUGCUCAUUCUGGGAAAUGGUUCGUUAAGCUGUCAAACUAUCUUUGGGGUUCUUUAUUUUCUCAGCUUUUAUCAUGAACUCCCCCGUGAGUUCAGGUUACAGGCCUCAGGCCUACUUCUUUUUGAGAGCGUCCCCAGGGGUCUGUAGUUCUUUUUUAAAGAUUCACCACGAUCUCUCAAGUCCUCAUGCUUUGCUGCUGUCUUGUGUGUCUCAUCAGCUGGGUCGUAUUAAGGUUAUGUUUUUAAAAUUUGAGGCUAUUACAGCUCUACUAAGUUUUUGUGGUGGAAAAUAAUAUUUGUUAGAAAUCAUUUUGUUGAAAUUUUCUCUAAUAAAUAUUUUUAUAUGCUCA